UUUCCAUUUCGAGGGAUGAAUGACACAAAGAAAGGCACACAUGACACACACAAAACAACACUCUCUCUGAUUCCUUCUACUUUCCAUUUUCUUCUAUUCUAUUUCUCUCUCAUUAUUUUCUCUCUCUCCCCUUUCUCUCUCCCAUUACCUGUUUUCUCCAAAUAUCCAUGAUUGCAUCUCACCGGAAAACCAUUCCUCUGCCGCUGCCGAUUCUCAAACUCCUAUAACUCAAAAACUCACGUAUGAAUCCCACCAUGGGAAGCCUCAAUAACAACAGUAUCGAUACUGUCAACGCUGCCGCCACCGCUAUCGUCACCGCCGAAUCCAGAGUACAACCCACCACCACACCGAAAAAACGAUGGGGGAGCUGCUUUAGCCUGCCUUCUUGCUUUGGAUCUCAAAAACCCAGCAAGCGGAUUGGCCAUGCUGUUCUUGUUCCUGAACCUGUUGCACCGACGGUUCCGGUUGCCAAUGCUGCACCGAAUCCUUCAACUACUAUUGUAAUGCCUUUCAUUGCUCCUCCUUCGUCUCCAGCAUCGUUUCUCCAAUCUGAUCCUCCGUCUUCUACUCACUCACCGGCGGCUGGAUUGCUUUCACUCAGUUCUCUCUCUGUCAACGCUUACUCUACUAGCGGCCCUGCAACGAUUUUCACUAUAGGGCCGUAUGCCUAUGAGACACAGUUGGUUUCACCUCCGGUAUUUUCAAACUUCACGACUGAGCCAUCAACAGCUUCUUUUACUCCACCACCUGAAUCUGUACAGAUGACAACACCGUCGUCUCCCGAGGUUCCAUUUGCUCAAUUGUUAGCGUCUUCUCUGGACCGAGCUCGUAAAAGUAACGGAACACACAAGUUUGCAUUGUACAAUUAUGAGUUUCAGCCUUAUCAGCAAUAUCCGGGAAGCCCUGGUGCUCAACUCGUAUCACCUGGAUCAGUUAUUUCAACAUCUGGCACCUCUACCCCUUUACCUGAUAGACGUUCAUCUCUUGAAUUCAAUAGAGGGGAAGCACCGAAGAUGUUAGGUUUUGAAUAUUUCUCCAAUCGAAGAUGGGGUUCAAGAAUGGGAUCAGGAUCAUUGACACCAGAUGGUGCAGGUCAAGGUUCAAGACUAGGUUCUGGUUCUUUGACUCCUGACGGUGUUUCACAUGCAUCACGAUUAGGUUCCGGGUGCACGACACCUGAUGGUUUAGGCAAAGACUCUAGGUUAGGUUCCGGUUCUUUGACUCCAGAUGGUGCCGGCCCAACCACUCGAGACAGCAUCCACGUACAGAACCAGAUUCCUGAGGGUGUUUCUGUUGCAAACUCAGAGCACGGACCUCAAAGUAAUGCAACAAUAGUUGAUCACCGAGUUUCAUUUGAGUUAACCGGCGAAGAUGUUGCACGUUGUCUUGCCAAUAAAACGGGAGCAUUACUUCGAAACAUGUCUAGUUCUUCACAGGGUAUACUGGCCAAAGACCCUAUCGACAGAGAAAAGAUACUAAAAGAAACCAAUAGUUGUUGCGAUGCAUGUUCGGGGAGAACAAUAGGAGGAGAACAAUGCUGCUGUCAAAAGCGUAACUCUGUUAGUUCUAGUUCUUCCAAGGAAUUCAAUUUCGACAAUAGAAAAGGUGAUGCUUCGGGUACAUCAACCAACGGCUCUACAUGGUGGACUAACAAGAAAGUUGAUGGAAAGGAAGGUAGAUCGGUUAAUAGUUGGGCGUUCUUCCCAAUGUUACAACCCGAUAUCAGCUAAGGAUUUAGUUUAUUGCAAAUUUGCAACAUGACAUAACCUCUAUGGUUUCAUUUUUCUGCAGAAUAUUUUGCAUAUAAUGCAUAACUAGACAUUAUUUGGAAUGGUAUAUGGAUAAAAAUAGUCUCUUCUUAGGACUGAAGGAUGGUAGAAUGCAAGGGGAGUAUAGUUUGUAGGUAGGGACAUAUAUAAUGGAUUUCAAAUUCUAUGGAACAAUUACUCCUUGCAUUUCAUUUCAUCUUCUUAAGUAUAUACAGAAAUAGAAAAGUACAGGUAUUUCUUGUUGUGUAUUUUUUGUUCCAUUUCAUGUGCAAUAAUGAAAAAAAAUAUUUGUUUUUUUUUUC